AUGAGUAACAUUCAGUCAAACAUAUCCAGUUCGCAAAGCAACUCAUCCACCAUCAAUACGUCAUCAGAAAAGGAAUCAUCACCAAUGCUUCGUCGUUCAUACAAAGAUGCAGUGAAUGCUUUGAACACUCUUCAAACCAAUUUUGCUACUAUUCAGGCUUCUCGUAAGGCUGGAACAAAGAGAGAUCCGCUUCUUAUACCUGAAAUGGUUGAGUGGGCUCGCAGAAUUGGUUACAAGCCGGCAGAUUUUGAUAAGCUUCACGUGAUCCAUGUUACCGGUACAAAAGGUAAAGGUUCCACGUGUGCUUUUGUCAAUAGUAUUCUUACUCAAUACAGAACUCCUGUUAGUUUUGUUAGAUCUGUUGGUGUUUCUCCUAUCAUUGCUUCCAAUGCUCAGUCUGAAUUUCAAAAGGCAUAUGCCCGUGCUCAGGCUGAAAUCAAGGUCCAAUCGGAGCUAAAAGCUGCUUCCAACAGUAAAGAAGGAAAUGGUGCCAUUGAUUUACCAGCCGGCCCCCACAUCACGAAAAUUGGUCUUUACACUUCUCCACACCUCAUGAGUGUGAGAGAAAGGAUCAUGAUCAAUGGAAAGCCAAUCAGUGAAAAGCUCUUCGCCAAGUAUUUCUUUGAAGUUUGGGACAGACUUGAAUCUACAUCCACAGACACGGUGAAAUUUCCAAACAUGGGUCCGCACAUCAAGCCAGCUUACUUCCGUUACUUGACUUUGCUUGCUUUCCAUACAUUUGUGAGUGAGGGUGUUAAUACAGCUAUUUUUGAGGUUGGUAUUGGUGGAGAAUAUGACUCCACCAAUAUUAUUUUACAUCCUACAGCUUGUGGUAUUGCAGCGUUGGGUCUUGACCAUACUGAUAUCCUUGGAAAUACGUUAGAGUCCAUUGCUUGGAAUAAGAGUGGGAUUUUCAAGUCUGGAGCUGCUUGUUUCUCUGUCCGCCAACCAGAUCAGGCUGCAACGGAGAUGAUUGAGCAUCGUGCAAAGGAAAAAGGUGCUGCAAGCUUUAAUUGGGUAGAUGUGCGGCCUGAUUUAAAGGAUAUCAAGCUUGGAAUCAAUGGAGAUUUCCAGAAUUUCAAUGCAUCUCUGGCUGUCGCACUUUGCUUUGCACAUUUGAGGAAGCUUGGUUUUGCAAUUGAUAGUGAUAACUUGCCUGAGGAAUUUGUUAAAGGCUUGGAAGAAGCCAGAUGGCCUGGUAGAUGUCAAGUUCUUCAAGAUAAGCAACGGAAAGACCUCACCUGGUUUAUAGACGGUGCCCAUACAAAGGAAUCCAUACAGGGAGCUACACAUUGGUUUACAACAGCUACGCAUCCUGAAAGAAAGCGUGUCCUGCUUUUCAACCAGCAGAAAAGAUCGCCUGAGCAACUGCUAAAGACACUGCACAACGAAAUUGCAAAGGCAGGCGUUCACUUUGAUCACGUGAUAUUUAGUACCAAUGUUACUUGGGCUUCAGGUGAAUAUUCAAAUGAUCAGAUAUCUCUCAAUACUUCAGCAAAGCAGGUGGAGAACCUAGAAGUUCAGACACAGUCUGCAGAGAUCUGGAAUAAGUUUGAUAAAAAAUCCAGAAAGCAUAUUUUCCCUGAUGUUGAAACCACUGUUAACUUCAUUCGCUCAUUAGAAGGACCUUUGGAUGUUUUUGUCACUGGAUCAUUACACCUUCUAGGAGGAUUUCUGAUUGUUUUAGAAUCAAAAGAAGGCAAGAUGAUGGAUGGCAUGUAA